AUGGAGAAAUUAGGCGUGAGUGGACUGAAGUUUCAGGAAAAAUAUGAAGGGUGUAAUGGAAUUAAAAUACGUGAUAGAAAAGCUUCCGGGGACGGCAGCACGGGUCGCGCCAUCCGGAGCACCCCGGACUGGGGCGAGGCUGCGCUGAGCGGGGAGCAUAUGUGGCAGCCGACUUCCGUGUCCGGGGACUACUGCUACCUGGCUGACAAUGACUGCACGAAGCACGGACCUCGGUUGAAGUGUUCGGCGUGCAAGGUGAUAGCGCACGCAGGCUGCCUGAGCGCUCUCAACGAACGGGCGCGUUUCCAAUGCAAACCGACCUUCCGAGAUGUCGGGGUCAGGCAAUACCGUGAACAGACGUGCACGCACCAUCACUGGGUGCAUCGGCGGACGGAGAAAGGAAAAUGCAGACAAUGCGGCAAGGUGAGCGAAAUUCUAAUUAUAACACCAGUAGAAAUUGAAAAAAGGUUGUGA